AUGGCUACAUGUCUGGCCCAACUUGGCACUUUUUCAGGACUGCCAAUCGAAAUCCGCUUGAUGAUAUGGGAGUAUCUCAUCUCCGAGCACUUUUUUGCUCGAUUUAUUGGACUCCUUAAAAAGCGGCGAACACCCCACGCAUUAUCCAUCUCAUAUUGCAGUCGGUACCUUUAUGAAGAGAUUUCAGAUUUCAUUUAUAAAGACCUCGUGCAAGUGAUCAAGAUUGCAGGAUGUCAUGGUUUAAAUGAGCUCAGUGUCGAAGUGUAUUUCAAGAAUCACAGUUAUCGGAACGAUCUGAAAGGAUUUGACAUGAUACAAAGCUACCUGCACAACUCUCGUUAUUGGAGAGUCACCGGAAAACCAUUACAAGUCGAAAUUCUUCCGCCAUACCCAGAGGACCGGGGUAUAAUUGUGGGCCUCUGGCGAGAUAUCAAUCAGUUCAUUGAUAUCCUGCAAGAUGCGCCUUAUACCCCUUGCGUGAGGGUCGCCUUGGUCAUGAAAUGGCAUGAAAACGGAGAUCCUCUUCAAGUCACAGGUUACCAUAAGCUUCCGCGGGCCGAUUAUGACAUUGUAUUAUUGCCCUUCACCCGCCUAUCGAGUUUCAUGGUGCAUGUUCCACCACCACUUCGUAUUGCCUUGGAAAAUGAGCCGAAUCUCAAACACCGCUCCUUGCUACACAAUCUUAUAGAGAAUCCUACAUUCAGACAGUCUCACCACAAAGACAUUGAAAAGUGGCUUACAGAUACCCGAAUAUUCCUUGACACAAAGCUUGACUUUCUUUCCGGAGAGACCGCGGGAGUCCUUCGCUUUCAACGGUAUCAGAAUUGGUACGAGGACGGCGAUAGCUGGAAAUCAAGCUACGAGGAACAAUUCCUGGCCGACCUUUCCGAAAACUGUGAUAUCGUCUUGAAAUAUGAUCCUGGUCUCCGAAAGGCUCGUCAUAGGAAUCGUGUUCUACUACGCAUACACCAUAGGUUCCAUGAAAACCAUGAGGAUACAUUGAGAGUGCGAAUUGAUCCAAAUGAUAUGAGUCCUCGCCUCUAUAAGACCUGGGAUUCCCAAGCUUGGCCCAAACGCUUUGACUCAGGGAAGAUACCCGGGUUGCACCGCAUUGAGUAUAGAUUUGAUGGGAAUGUUGAAAAGGAGCAACUUUGGCAAAAAUAUGCGAAGUUGUCAGGUUUCAUUCCGAAACUACACUGGUGGGCUAAAGACGAAGCACCCUUGUCUAGAAUACGUCGGGAGGAUUAUCUACCUAUGGCUAGCAUGUCGGCUUUGUAG